UCUUUAAUGCUUAUAAUCAGUUUCGAUCAUCACUUAUCAUUAGCGAGCAAAAAUGGCAGUCGAGAGAAGAAUGCAGAGUCUCUCUCUUUUUCGCUUAGUGUUAGUGUUUUCUCAGCUACUGGUACUUGCAUUAGGUCGCAAAAUGCAGUUUGGGAUGACCGGAAAGUUGAAGAUACUGCAAGUUGCCGAUAUGCACUACGGCGAUGGUGCAACUACGCCGUGUGAGGAUGUGUUUCCUGACCAAAUGUCUACCUGCUCUGAUCUCAACACCACCGCCUUCCUCCGCCGCGUCAUCCUGGCUGAGAAGCCUGAUUUAAUCGUCUUCUCCGGUGACAAUAUUUUUGGAAUAGAUGUGACUGAUCCAGUAAAAUCAAUGAAUUUAGCAUUUGGACCAGCAAUUGAAUCAAACAUACCAUGGGUGGCUAUAUUAGGAAAUCAUGACCAAGAAUCUACAUUUUCAAGACAAGAGGUGAUGAAGUACAUAACGACUCUUAAAAACACUCUCUCGCGAGUCAAUCCUGUGGGAGUAGGGGCUCAUGUUCUCAAUGGGGCUGGAAAUUAUAAUCUUGAAAUUGGCGGUGUUAUAGGUUCAAAAUAUGAAGAUAAAUCACUUCUUAAUCUUUAUUUUCUUGAUAGUGGUGAUAACUCUAAUGUCGAUCAUGUUUAUGGUUAUGGUUGGAUUAAAGCCUCUCAGCAGCUUUGGUUUCAACAAACUUCUCAAAGGCUUCGGAGAGAAUAUAUGAGCGAGCCUAACCCUCAGAGAUCAUCGGCACCUGGACUUGCGUACUUUCACAUCCCGUUGCCUGAAUUUAGAAAUUUUAACUCAUCAGAUAUCACAACAGGGGAGAAACAAGAAGAAUCCAGUUGCUCUGAUUUGAACUCCGGAUUUUUCUCGACAGUGAUGGAGGCUGGAGAUGUGAAGGCUGCUUUUGUCGGACACGAUCAUCUGAACGACUUUUGUGGUCAGACGUACGGUGUUCAUCUUUGUUAUGCUGGUGGUUUUGGAUACCAUGCCUAUGGCAAGGCUGGAUGGUCGAGGAGAGCAAGGGUUGUUGUUGCAUCUUUGGAGAAGUUCCGAUAUGGGAAGUGGGGAGCGGUCAAGUCAAUAAAAACAUGGAAACGCCUUGAUGAUCAUGGACUCACUACUAUAGAUCGUCAAACCCUCUGGAGCAAGGAACCGACAGGACGGUCCAAAAACAAAAGAAUUACCGGAGAGCUUAAAGAUUAGCGCACCAUACAGAGUACCGAUCCUUCCCCACCGGUUUGAUUAGAGGCAAAGGAAUACCUUAGGAAUAUUGUCAGUUAGAAAUGUUUUGCAUCUUUUGAUAUCACUUGUUAAUUAGGGACAAUAAAAUAUCUCAAUAAGUUGACAAAUAAAAAGCUAUGUGAUUGUGA